AUGGAAGAUUCCACUAAUGAUAGUGUGUUUGAACAUAUCUGGGCAGGAGUUGACAUCAAGAAGCUCACUUGCUGCGAGUGCAAAAGGUCUAUCGAUCCUCAGGCAGUUCUGGCUAGAACGUUCACACUUGAAAGCCAACUCAAAUUUCAACUAAAAAAACAGCCAUGGAGCGACAGAAUAGUGGUAUCUUCACUCUCAGAUGCGAUCAUAGUAUAUCAUCGCCAUCUCAAUUGUUUGCUAAGGUUUGAGAAAUACGCUGCCGUAUCUCACGUGUGGCAUUCUGGUGUAGCGAGCUUGCAGUAUUCAAGAAAUACAGUUGGACCGAAAGCAAAAGAGCUAGCGAGGGUCGUCCUCGAACGACCGGUACAAAUAUAUCGCGGCAUUCAGAACGGCAAUUUAGAAGUUGUAGGCGACGAUUUCGAGCUUUGGCAUGAUUAUAUCAGCAUCCCUCAGUGGCAACAAGAUAUCAAGAUGAAUGUGAUUCAAUCCAUCGCAGACAUAUACAGCAACGCGGCUUUUGUGCUGAUUGACUUUCAUGACGUUGAAGCCUCGGCCGUCCAGGCUAUGCGUUUCGGAAAGACGGUAAGGGAACGAGCAUGCGGCAUCAGCGAUAUAUGUAAUGCCAAGUACUGGAGUCGUAUGUGGACGGCGAUGGAGUUCUCAAAGAGCAAGCGACUGGUGCCUAUGCUCAAAGAUUUUGUCCUUCUACAACCUAAUCCUCAACAUGAAACAGUCAUGCACGAGCUAGAUGCUACGUGGGCGGAGCUUGGCGAUGGCAAGAUGCUGGAAGUGAUGAUUGGGAUAGGGAACAAUCUGUGUCCAUGGCAAGUAGGAGGUCUCACUCUAGCAAGGGACUUGAAUCUUUGUGGAGAAGCUACGGCGUUUGCGAAUGCGUAUGAUUUCCUAUCUCGACGAGGCGUCACAAACUCUAGAGACUUCUUUUAUGCAUUUCUUGCUAUACUGAAGAGUCCCAUAGCGGAACAUGAGCUUCCUGACGACGAUCAUCAGGCUUUGCUACAGAUAGCACGAGAUUGCAUUCGUCGUGGGGAUUACAGUCCUUUACUUAUGGCUCCACAAGAUGUUUACCCAAGACCAAAUGAGGCGGCGAUAAGAAGUUGGGGCUACGUUGAUUUGCGUUACUUUUCUUUGGGCGAACAGCAAAUUCCAGCUACGUACAAGGACGUGGAUUUCCAAAAUCUGAACCCGAUUAUCAAGGCAGAACAUGUUGGAGCAGUUACGGGUAUUUCUGGCGCAGCUUGGGGAUGGGAAGACAACAUGGGAUAUCUUGCACAUAUCUUCGAGUGGACAUACAGGUGCCAUGGACAAGAUAUCGAGAAGUUCGUUCAUACGGUGGGAGAAAGGAUGUUCGGCCAGCCAUUUGACCAGAUCAUGCAGAGACUUUCGCAGGAUAGCCGUUUACACAUUCUGGAAGACUAUCUCCGUGAUCUCUCUGGAAAAAAUAAAGAACCCUCUGUUAACUGGAAACAAAGAGCGAGGGAGCUUGGUGAUGCCCUAGGUCUCUCAAAUUCAUCACUCAAGAGUACGGUAGGAAACCCGAGGUCACCUAUUGAUUGGAUGCUCGGUCAUGGCUAUACCAUACACUUAGGUGAAGCUCUCACAAUGAGGAUCGUCGACAUCACUUGUCCCGCCUGUCACGUUACCUUUCUGCUUCGAGUAGCUCUUUAUAGUCGGGAUACGGCGACCAUUACGGGAGCGCACGCAUUUCGCGUUCCUGGUCUGAAAUUCGCAAAUACCUUGGCCGGCGGGGUCGGUCUUUUGAUCAAAGAUGGCCGUUCGGUUGGGCGGUUCCUUUGGGGAACACCAACAUGUGAAUGCGAAAAGCUUCGAAAAGUGGAGAUCAAGUUGGACAGUUUGCCUUUACCAGAGCAAAACACCUUGGAUUAUGGCGUUGAUAAGACGAGGACAUCAUACUAUCUCGUUGGUCGUGGAGAGAGGGUAGACCUUUGCUAA